UGAGCAUUCCAAGUACAGUGGAGUCCAUGCCCGUCACUGCAGCUGAUGACUUCAACUUCGAGCAUAUGGUGGCAGUGGCACCUUCAGACAUCUUCUGCGAGGAAGCUCCCAAGAAGAGAGGACGUAAACGCAAGUCACAAGAUGAGGCCAGACCUUCCCGCAGGCGACGCCCCAAGAAGCCAAAAGUUUACGAAAUUGAAACCCCAUUUGAAAAUGAAGAGUUGGAGAGGAAACGCAAGAACGCCCAGAAUGCCAGAGAACAUCGUGACUCUGCAAAAGCAGAGACUACUGGAUAUGCAGAAGGCGCUGGAUUACUGUUACUGCAGAGAAAAAUGGCCUGCAGGAGGAGUUCGACAACUACGCAGGAGCAGGCGAGGUUGAUGCAGCAAAUACAAAUCUACCAGCAGCAGAAUGGAGGCACCGUUUAUAUCCUGUCCUGA